AUGAUGUGGAUGUUUCUUGCGAUAGUUCAUGCUUGGUUUGUUAAAGUUCAGUGUCUGGAUAAUGGUUCUGAAUUAAAAAUGGACCUGCUUGAUGCACAGUGCACCUCGAAAUGCCUUGAAAUGUACGGGGUUCAGAAUUCGUUUCCAACCAGCAAGCUGUACAAUGUAUAUACGGCCAGGGAAUGUUGGAAUGCUGAAUGUAAACAAUGCAGGAAGACUUGUGAAGACACAGCUGAGAGACAAAUGAACGUUACAUGUGACAAAGCUUGCGAGUCUGCGACUGUUCAGAAUGUUUGUCUGCUUGCCUGUAUAUUUGUAAGAGAACAGCAGACGAUAUAUGAUACUGGAAUCGUGAAAGACGAGACUUCUUUGGUAUCAACCUUUGACCCCACAGUCGUCUGUAUGCACACAGACAACAUAAAGAAAGCAGGAAACCUUCAUGUUUCAACUGUAUAUUUGAAAUGGGAUUUACAGAAAAAAUACACUGGUGCAUUACCUCAGCUGCAGUUCAUCAUAUCGCUACAGCGAUUCUCCAACACCUCCAAGGAAUCCCAAUGGGCUUCAAUCGGAAAGACCAGUUCUUCGUUUCUGCCAAUACGAAAUUUGACGUUGAAUACAACCUACCGCUUCAAAGUGACCGCUGUGUCAUCGAAAGGGUUGGUGGAUGAGAGCAAGAUGACACAGUUUAUUACAACACUUCCUGAUAAUCACAUCCCAAAACCUCCAGUAAAUGUCGAGAUUAAAAAGCAGACAUACUACAAGCAGGCCGUCAGUGCGAAGAUAAGCUGGGAUGCUGCUCAAGACAAAUCCUGCUUCUACAAAAUCUAUUGGCUGCCUACCUGUGAGCAAAGUAAAAGAGGAGACUUUAUGGAGGAGGAAAUAAAGACUCCUCCUGCAUUCGUUUAUUGGAUGAACCGACUCCAAUUUGACUGCAAUUACACUGUGAGUAUAUACAGUUAUCCUUCUCCACUCUUCACCAGAGGUAGUAACGUCACGAAGAUGUCAUUCCAAACACUGCAGUGCCUCAGCGCUACAAACUUCAAUUAUACCGUCUGUAAACCGGAAGAACCUCAAAACAUUUCGGCUACAGAAAAGGUAACAUAUGUGAAUGACGGCCUCCUUAGGGGAAACACAACGUUUGUAUGGGAGCCUCCACCUCAUGUUGGUCCGAACAACAAACUGACUGGCUAUAUUCUCGAGUGGUCUAAAGAAAUCCCGCUGCAUAUGGGACCCCUCGUGGACCCUGAUAAGGGCAGCGUAACUAUCGCUCCGAAUCAGUCCAACUAUGUGAUCCCAGAGAUGCACUGGAGCAGUAAAUAUAGAAUUCAGAUCCGUGCAACAUCUACAGGUGGCACUAGCGACCCCUUCACUACAUUUGUUGACCUAGGUUCUGUGGAUUACAGUGAAGAGACAAAUAAUGCAACCACAGCGACAAUUAUGGAUAUACCAGAUAAUAAAGUGUUCAUUGGUUCUUCUGUUGCUGUAUCGAUAGUGGUCCUUGCAAUUGCAAUUCUUCUUUUCCGUUAUACCAACAGGAAAAGGCAACAAAUCCGUGUAAAACGGGCCACCAGAACGGAGGAGACCAACCCACUUUAUGACAAUUCCUAUGCUAGUAAUGGGGGUGAUGUUCCUAUCAUUCUUGACGAAUAUGAAGUCGAUUUUUCGAUGUUGCUGCUUCUAAACAACCUUGGCGAAGGUGCAUUUGGAAAGGUUGUCAAAGCCGAGUUGGUGAUCCCUGGAAAAGACGGAAAAGAAAUGAAGAAAGUAAUCGUAGCUGUGAAGAUGUUGAAAGAUCGCCCUGAUACUGUUGAAAAAAGAAGCCUUUUGAAGGAGAUUGAAGCUAUGAAGCAGCUUGGACAUCAUCCUAAUAUUGUCAGCAUUAUAGGAUGCUGUACAAAGACUGAUAAUCAAAUAUGUCUUAUAAUGGAUUACUGUCCUCUAGGUGAUUUAAGGCAGUAUUUACAUCGACUGAGACCUCAGACACAAUAUCAGUCCAGAUCGAGGAUGAGGCACGAAGACAGUGGCAUGUUCUCUAAUAUGACUGCAGAAACAAAUGAAUCUGAAACCCAACCAAUAACUCAGUCAAAAUUGUUGUCCUUCGCGCGGCAGAUCGCAUUGGGAAUGGAGUACCUUGCUGAUAAGAAAUACGUUCAUCGAGAUCUAGCUGCUAGAAAUAUACUGAUGUCCGAUUGUGACAGACUGAAACUUUCUGAUUUUGGCCUAACCCGUGACGUGUACGAAACAAACAUGUAUCAGCCUACAUCGGCGAGAAAACUACCAUAUAAGUGGAUGGCUCUGGAGGCAAUCUACGACCAAGUCUUUACCACGAAAUCCGAUGUGUGGUCGUUUGGAAUUGUCCUUUGGGAAAUUGUUACUUUGGGAGGCAGUCCUUACCCCGGAAUUCCAAAUGAGGACUUAUUUCGAUUGUUAAAAGACGGGUACAGAAUGGAAAAUCCUGGCAACUGUGGAACUGAUAUAUAUCAAAUCAUGCUGUCAUGUUGGCAUCCACGACCCACCAGCAGACCUGCAUUCGCCGACUUGCGUCAGAAGCUGGAAGCAAUGCUUGAGGUUACCAAGGCCUAUAUCAAUCUGUCCGUGUCUGUGUCUGAUGAUUACUAUAAUUCGUCGGACUCCUACAGUGACAAAGAAAAUCAACCUUGUUCCAUAAAGGAAGAAAAUUCUGAAAUAUCUUACCUGAAGGCAGACAAAUUUGAUAAAAAUCAAAUUUAUAGCCGGAACCUCAGUGAUACUGAUGUGCCUUCACUUUUACAAGGCGGCUACCACAACGUGUUUGUGAACGAACGGAAUGACGGAAUACAGCAUGACUUGUGUAGCUCUAUGUGUCGUUUCUGCAACAUUCCAAGGAGCCCACGGGGUGAUUCCAAACUUUUACCGGACAGAUCAUCUAAUCUGUAUGAGGAACCUGUUUCUUUGAUUGAUUUACGUCGUGCCUCAGGAUCAAAUAAGGAUUCGGGAAAUGACACUUUAAUUAGGUAG